AAUUUAUAUGGCGCGGUUCUCCAGAUGCCGUUGUUUACUUAAUAAAACCGGUAAAGUUUCUAUGUAAUUGAAGUAUGUAGUAUAGAAUUUCAAAUAGCAAAAAUGGAACCAUCUGCCGAAUCUUCUAAUUGGAUUCCUACUUCUUUCUCUACGACUUCUGAAACUGGAGAUUCUUUAAGUUCAUUUCAGUCUCCUACUACUCCAGUGACAACUGAUCAACAAUCUGAUGAUCAAUCCUUUGAUGCAAUCAGCCGACAGAAGUUGAAUUUAAUGGGCGUCGGAACUCCUAAAAGUGCUUUAUUUGAGGAUGAUACUCGUAGCUCUUGGAGUGUGGAACCACCCAAAACUCAAACCCAAACAGAAAUUCCACCGGAUGAAGACUCUCAAAAUAGUGUCGCCAGUAGUCAAAAAAGUAGUCUAAAACGGCGGUGUUCUGAUGACGAAGAAAAAGAACAAUCAGCUUUUCCACCAGAGAAUCUAUUUGAAUACAUGUGGCCCCAAGAAAAUGGUGAGUACUACAUUCUCCAAGAACAAAUUUGUGAUUAUCUCAAUGUUAAAUCUUUUAAACGAAAAUAUCCAGAUCUUUCACGUAGAACUGUAGAAAUGGAUGAAAAGCAAUUUUUAAAAGAUCGCAAUGUUGUCAGUGAGAUGCAAUGUGAUCUCGGUCUCACUGCUCUGAGAUCUGAGGAAGUUCUUGAAUUAAUGAGUAAAGAUUACCCAGAUCGCUACCAGGAAUAUGUACGGGUUUUAAGAGAGAAACAGCAGAAAAACCUCAGUGAAAAACACCGUGAAUAUGCUGCUGCAGCUACUUCUGACAAGACCAAAAUGGUAGAUCUGGUGAAAAAAGCAGUAAAAUCAGCUGCAGAGUACAAUGCUCAUUUGAACCAAGAACGUCGAGAGGAGCGUCGUUCUUGUAUGGACUUGCAAACUUUCACCAUUCAUUAUCCAGGCCGUACAAACAAACCUGCUGUAACCCGUGGCAAACCUGGCAAAUAUCCUGUUGCCCUUCUCCCAGGACAGUAUCAGGAUUAUUAUAAAGAAUAUACAUCUGAUGAACUUAAAUAUUUACCUGUUAAUACUGUCCUUUACGGACCUUUGAAAGAGCUUCCAACUGUAAAAGCUGGCUCUGAUGGCAGCCCAUCUGAUUCGGAGGAAAGCUCAGAUGGAUCCUGUUGUAGUUCAAGCCGCGAAGACAGUAGCUCUGGCUCGGAUGCCAGACCUGAUGCUGUUUGUAAGGUUUGUAAAAAAGGAGGAGACUUGGUUCAUUGUGCUGAUUGUGAAAAUAGUGUGCAUCCAUCCUGUGUAGAUCUGACAGCAGAUGUUGUGGAUGUACUAAAGACAUAUCCAUGGCAAUGUACUGAUUGCAAAGUUUGCUCACAAUGUCGUGAUCCUAAUGAUGAAGAUAAAAUGCUAUUCUGUGAUGUGUGUGAUAGAGGGUAUCAUACUUUCUGUGUAGGUUUGAAGGCACUGCCACAAGGAAAGUGGGUAUGUGGUCGCUGUGGCUGCUGUGCUGUUUGUGGUGUUGUACGACCCGGACCAGAAAAUUCUGGUGCACAGUGGCAGCAUGAAGUUACAGAUGGUAAAAGUCGCCCAAAGACUUUGUGUCAAGCCUGCUUUAAGAAAAAGCGAUGAUUGAAUCAGUUUAUGUAUUCAUAGAUCAGGGCUUGUUAAACUCUGGUUAAGGAAUAUAUGAUUAUAUAGAAAAAUAUUGGAGUUUAAGAAACUUGCAGAUUAUCUUAAUUUUUAACAUUCACAAGCAUAACUGACUAAGAAAAUCAUCUAAUUUUAAAGAUUUUAAUAAAAUGGUUUAAUAAUUCAUUUAAUUUAUCUUUGAUUAAUGCUCCAUUGUUUUAUUCAAAUUUAAUAAGUUUAACUAUCACUGAUAUGAAAGGAAUAGGGAAAAAUUAUUCUAUUUGCAAAUGGAUUGCAAUUGGAAAAUGUAUAAGAAGCCCUGCUGUUGACUCUUUAUUAAUGAAUACAAUCAAAGGCAAAUAUUACUGUAUAAAUUUUCUUUUAUUUAUUAUUAUUUUUUUGGUUUAUAGUCUUAUUAAAAUUGGGUAUUUAUAAUUUUGAUGGUUGCAAUACUCGUUGAAAUUUGUAAAUAUUUCUCUAAAUAUCUUUAAAUGAUAUUGCCAUUUGAAUGGAUUUUUAUUUUUGGUUUGUAUGGUUUUUAAAUGUGCAUAUAUUUAUAUGUUAAUCAUGAAACUUUUGUUUUUUAAAAAAAAUUAUUGCCAUCAUAAAUUAUUAGCACUUAUAAUUCAAUUGACUUAAGGUAUGGUUUAAAAUUUUUUAAGUUAUAAG